CCGAUAGGGUUCGCACACACAUCGAUAAUUUGCCAACUUCUGCAUAAGUUCGUAGCAGCCUCUGAAACAUUUCAGCCAAAAUGAGGAUAGCUUUUCUCGUGCUGUUGGUUCUCUCCCUGUUUCUCCUCCCUAAUGGGAUCGGCAAAAGCUUAGCCGCAAGGCCUUCGGUCGUGAAUAUUAGGUCGAUUCUUCAGUUGAACUCCACCACUGGAGGUGUUUCAGAUGUUGCCAUCCGUGCAGCAGUGGAGGAUAUCAAUUUAGACCCCACAGUUCUAAAUGGGACAACGUUACAAGUUCAGACGAGGGAUACAAACUGCAACGACGGUUUUCUUGGCAUGGUUCAAGCUUUGCAGUUCAUGGAGACUGAUGUUAUUGCGAUCAUUAGGCCACAAUGCUCUCCUAUUGCACAUAUCAUUUCGUAUGUCGCAAAUGAGCUCCAAGUUCCUUUGAUGUCCUUUGCAUCGGAUGCAACUCUGUCAUCAAUCCAGUUCCCGUUCUUCGUGCGGACUAUGCCCAGCGAUCUCUACCAAAUGGCAGCUGUGGCGGCAGUUAUUGAUUACUACCAAUGGAAGAUAGUCACUGCCAUAUACGUUGAUGAUGAUUAUGGCCGAAACGGCAUUGCUGCUUUGGAUGAUGAACUUACUGCAAGACGCUGCAAAAUUUCAUUCAAGAUUGGGUUCCGUUCCAAUGCUAAAAAAAGUGAUCUUCUGAAUCUAUUGGUUACUGUUAGCAAUAUGGAGUCUCGUGUUAUUAUUCUCCAUACUGGUUCGGAACCUGGACUCAAGCUUCUGUCACUUGCUAAUGGACUAAAGAUGAUGGGCAACAGCUAUGUAUGGAUUGCUACUGAUUGGCUUUUUGCUUAUCUUGAUGCUAAUUCAUCGGUAUCUGCUGAAACUAUAAAUGCCAUGCAAGGUGUUCUGACUAUACGUCCACACACCCCUAAAUCAAAGGUGAAGAGUAAUCUGGUGUCCAAGUGGAGCAGCUUAAGCAAGAAAUACUACCACAGCGAUCUCCGCACCAGUGCUUACGGUUUUUAUGUUUAUGAUAGUGUGUGGACUGUAGCUCGGGCCCUAGAUGCCUUCUUUGAAGAUGGUGGGAGGAUUUCCUUUACAAAUGACUCAAGGUUGCGUGACGAAACCAGGGGAACUCUUCACCUUGAAGCCAUGAGUGUUUUUGACAUGGGAAACAAAUUACUGAAUAAGAUUAGAAAUGUGAACUUCACUGGGGUGUCUGGCCAAGUGCAAUUUAAUGCUCAGUUUGAACUCAUUCAUCCUGCCUAUGAUAUCAUAAGCAUAAUUGGCAAUGGCAUGCGGAUCAUUGGUUUUUGGUCAAACUAUACAAGAUUGCUAUCAACCGUCCUUCCCGAAGACCUAUAUUCGAAGCCUCCUAAUACUUCGCUUGCCAAUCAACAACUCUAUGAUGUCAUUUGGCCUGGUGAGACUGCGCAGAGGCCUCGAGGUUGGGCUUUUCCUUCCAAUGCCAAGGAGUUGAAAAUUAGUGUCCCUAACAGAUUUAGCUUUAAAGACUUUGUUAGCAAAGAUAAUGCUACUGGGUCAAUGAAGGGCUAUUGCAUCGAUGUCUUCACUCAAGCAUUGGCAUUGCUUCCUUAUCCAGUUACAUACAGGUUUAUACCUUUUGGCAAUGGUACUGAAAACCCUCAUUAUAGCCAACUUGUGCAGAUGGUUGUUGACAAUGAUUUUGAUGCAGUAAUAGGGGAUAUCGUAAUUACAAUGAGCCGAACUAAAGCUAUUGAUUUCACCCAGCCCUUCAUUGAGUCAGGCCUGAUACAAAUGGAUACACCAUCUGGUGUGAAGGGUUCUAUUCCUGCAUGCAUCAAGUUUUCUGUGAAGGUUCCAGGUGAAAUACCAUACAAUGGUAUAUAUUAUGACCCACCUGAAGAGGUGAUCUAG